AUGGAAGCAGAAGGGGGAGCGGCAGCUGGGUGCUGCGAUGGGUUUGCAGGGAAGAGACUCUGUGGUCCUCUUCCGCCACCUCCUCUUUUGACACCAUUGGAAAGGUUUCUUUCGAGUUGCUGCCGAGAGGAGCCCGAUCAUGGAGAUCCACAGGGGUUGACUGAUGUCCUGCUUGGAGCAGUCGGCUUUUCUGCUAGUGGCAAUCUUGUAGGUGGUAGCUGUGAGAAGGUGGUGAAGAGAGAGGAAUGGGAACAACAACAGCAGCAGCAGCAACAACAACAACAACAACAACAAAAGGGGGCUUCAAACAACUCAUCGUUUUCUAAUGGUAAUUCUGCUGCAGCCAAUGUCGUGAAAGGGCAGUGGACAGCUGAGGAAGAUAGCAUGUUGGUUCGUCUGGUUAAGCAACAUGGCGUUAGGAAGUGGUCUCAGAUUGCCAAGAAUUUGGUUGGUAGGAUCGGGAAGCAGUGCAGAGAAAGAUGGCACAACCAUCUACGCCCUGACAUCAAGGUUGGGUCCUUAAUUCAUCUGCCUUUCUCCACGUCAUUCUUGAUAGGUUACUCUCUCUUCUGUUGGCAGAAGGACAUGUGGACCGAGGAAGAGGAGAAGCAACUAGUGGAAGCUCACAUGAGCUUUGGGAACAGAUGGGCUGAGAUCGCAAAGCAAAUCCCUGGCAGAUCCGAGAACUCCAUUAAGAACCACUGGAACGCCACCAAAAGAAAGCUGAACGCUAAGAGGAGGAGCAAGAGGAAGGCAACCAAAGGGGGAAGAUGUCCUCCCUCCGUUCUGCAAAACUACAUCCUGAGUAAGACUCGAGACCUCAGCAAAACAUGCAGCACCACCAAUACAACAACUCUGUCAAGACAAUUAGACACCCCAUACUGGCAACCGCACAACCCCUCAUCGGGUCAGGAUCCCACGAGCAGUGUGGAGGAGAGCAUUCCAUACAUACACGAAGUGUUGGAGCAGUCAUCGGUGCCUAAUGGAAGCAUAGAGGAAGGAGGGAUUCAUGGAGGGGAAGCCCACAAUUCUUGCAACCAUUAUUCGCUCGAUUUCCUGCACUUCGACGACGUCGACUUCCUGCCUAUCGGUGAUGUGUGCCAAUGCAUGCAAUUGCCUUAUUCUGCACCUGAAACUAUCGCCAUUGACCCGGCUUGUCAUCGACCUAAUGCAUGUUCUGAACUCUAUCCACCCUGUCUAUUCGAUGGAGCUCUUUCUUCAUCAACAGGCCUACUCGAGAUGGACAGUAAAUCCCAGAUCCUGAAAGAUCAAGCUUCUUCGAGUAGCAAGAGAGACUUGGAUCUAUUGGAGAUGAUGUCCUUGCAGUUCUCUUCCUCGCAGCGCAGCAGCAGCAGCAACAGCAUGUUACUGAGUUCUGAUCCAAAUUACUUGUGA